AUGGCUGCCACAACCACCUCCGGAAUCGCCCUGGUAGUGCUGCACUACUUGGCACCCAUCGCUGUUGGCCUCUAUUUCAUCGCAGCAAAGACCUUCUCCAUCUGCCUGCUCCACGAACCCGCGCGAUCAACAGGAUCGAAGGCACGACGCUAUCCCGUCAUUGGUCUGCAGCUGAUUGCCCUGGUGACYGUCGCCUCGCAGGGCAUCAGUGCACUCUUGCAAGCAAUUCGACAGCCCGACUGGAGUGCAUCUCAAGACUACGUUGUCCAUCUCGUGCUCCUUUUGGCAGUGCAUAGCUGCUUCGCCUUGGGCCUCAUAGAGACCAGCAAUCCGCUAUGGCAUCCCUAUCUCGGUUCGUGGCUGGUGGCGCUUUGCUUCGACAUCGCUCUCAUCUCCUUGAAGUCCACUUCGCCACUGUUGGUUGAUAACGAUUACUCGAAGAGCCGGAUUGCUCUUUCCAUCGCCAGAGCCUCGGCCCUGGUGCUCCUCUGCAUUGCCACCAGCUGGUGGAUCCUUCAAGACCGCAGACGGAAGAUCAAGUUGGACGACGAAAGCGAGGCGCUGCUCGCCAACGGUAACAGCAACGGUCACGCUGCCACCAAGUCUCCCACGUCGCCGACCAGCACCGCAACUUUGAUCGAAGGUUCCGAUGAUGGUGAUGGCGGUGCAGACCUGGAUUCCGAUGGCGACAUCGACUCGGAGGCUGAAGAGCCCGAGCGAGACAAGGAGCUCAAAGCGCAGCAGCAGCGACGUCUGCAGGAAUCUGGCAGUUGGUUUGAAUACCUCAAGGAGUUCAAGAUCUUCAUUCCCAUGUUACUUCCCUGGAAGGAUCGUCUUGUGCAGGGCUGUUUCGUGGUCAUUGCUAUCAUCAUGGCAGCCGAACGCGUCCUUCACAUCUUGAUACCGCGUCAGCUGGGUAUUCUCGUCGAAGAGCUAUCCAAACAUGCAGGCACCGGAGCGAUCCCUUGGAAUGCCAUUGGUCUGUGGAUACUUUACGCUGCGUUGGGAUCUGGCGCAGGACUUCCACUCAUCAAGCAAAUCGCACAACUGCCGGUGCAACAGUACGGCUACAAGGCGAUUUCAACCACAUCUUUCCGUCACAUCAUGGGCCUCUCGAUGAAUUUCCACACUGAAAAGAACUCCGGCGAGCUCAUCAGGGCUAUUGAACAAGGCACACAUUUGCAAGACUUGGUCGACUUCUUCYUCUUCGAGGUGGGACCCAUGUUCUUCGAUCUGAUUGUGGCGUUCAUUUACGUGGCAGUCCUCUUUGAUAUUUACAUGUCUCUCGUGCUCUUCGGCGUCGGCAUAUCAUACAUCUUUGUGGGCGCCAAGGUCACAGCCUGGACUAUCAAGCAGAGACGCGAUUUCAACUCCGCCUGGAGAUUGGAGUCCAAAGUGCAGAAUGAAGCCAUCAAUAACUGGCAGACUGUCUCGCACUUUAACAGAAGCAACUAUGAAUCCGAGCGGUACAGCAAGACUGUCGACGACUUCAAUCUGGCCGAGUGGCGCUACUUCACCGCAUACUACAUGGGUAGCGGUGCCACAUCUUUCAUCAUGCUUGCUGGACGUCUAGCCGUGACAGUGCUGGCAUUCUGGCGUGUCGCAGGCGGCAACGCACCCGUCGGAAACUUCGUUACUUUGGUGAGCUAUUGGGGAAGCAUCGAGGUUCCUCUUACAAGUGUUGCAUACUCUGUCCGGAAGGUCUCGCAGAUGUUGACCGACUCUGAGCGGUUGCUUCAAUUGCUUACCACAAAGCCGACUGUCACGGAGAUUCCAGGAGCACUGGAUCUGAAUGUAAAGGCUGGUGAGGUCGAAUUCGAUCACGUCGACUUCUCCUAUGACGUUCGUAAGCCCACCCUACGAGACAUCACCUUCAAGGUCAAAGCAGGUCAAACGGUCGCUUUCGUGGGCGAGACUGGUGGUGGUAAAUCGACGACGCUGAAGAUGCUGUAUCGAUACUACGAUGUGUCAGGAGGAGCCAUCCGGAUCGAUGGGCAAGACAUACGGAACGUUACACUCGACAGCUUGCGCGAUAGCUACGGCAUGGUGCCUCAGGAUCCUUCGCUGUUCAACGUAUCGAUCAUGGAGAACAUCAAGUACGCGCGACUUGAUGCCACCGAUGCCGAGGUCAAAGAAGCUUGUCGCGCUGCAGCUAUUCACGACAAGAUUGAGAGUUUUCCAGAUGGUUACAAGUCCAUGGUUGGCGAGAGGGGUGUUAAGCUGUCGGGAGGUGAACUCCAGCGCGUCUCUAUUGCGAGGGCUAUUCUCCGUCAACCCAAGAUUGUAAUUCUGGAUGAAGCCACGAGCAUGAUCGACGCAGAAACCGAGGAUCUCAUUCAGAAAGCAUUCAAGCGACUAACGGCCGACCGGACGACGUUCAUCGUAGCGCACCGCCUCUCAACCAUCCAGCAUGCCGACCUCAUCUUGGUCAUUCACGACGGAGAGAUUGUAGAGCGUGGAACCCACGAUGAGCUGUUUCAGCAGAAUGGAAAGUAUGUCGCGCUUUGGUCGAAGCAGCUCAACAAAGCCGUAAAGGAGGUCGGCGGUACGCUAGAUGUACAGAGCGUCGUGGAGACUUUGAUUCAGACGAAAGAUGAUGAUGACGCUGCCAACAGAGAUGGCAAUAACKACAAGUAG